AAUGACUCCAUCCUGUAAAAUUAAUUUCUUGAGAAAUGAAAUGGCUUGAGAUGGAUGUCUCCGUCUCUCUCUUCUUGAACAGCCGAAAAAAUGGGAUCUUUCCUGCUCUAAUAGCAAAAUGAGUUAUUAUAUGUAGAUCAAUUCUGCUUGUUAUGUUUUAUGUGUAUGAGCCUCAUUAAACAAAACAGCCUUGCAAUCACGUUACAAUCUCUCAAGAGGCUCUUCGAUAAUAGAACACAUGACGUGCCCUCUUCUCUCUUCUUACUAUUUGUUUCCUUGUUCAUUUGUGGCUCAGUCCUCAUUUCAGCCGCAAGGCAUCUUUUCCCAAUUCUUCUUCUUCUUUUUCUUCUUCUUCUUCCUCUUCGUUCCUCCAUCCUUUUCUUCUUCGGAUUAAAUCUUGCGCAAUACCACGGGGAAUUUCCCACUCUAUUUCUCCUUGAUUUGGCUCGUGCUUACCCCUCCUUCUGUGUCGUAUCUGUACAGGUAGCCAAGACUCUUUUACCAUUAUCCUCAACCAACCUUUGCGUCAACCUGCCCUACAAGGCGCCGUUACGCUUAAAACCUUCCCCCCUCUCCCCCCCUCCCCUUUUUUUUUUUCCCUUAAUUUCUGCUCCUCAUUGCCAUUAGCUCAUCCCAAACUUUGAAUCCACGGUUAUUUUUGUUCCUCCCGUCGAUAUUCUUCUCAACCCCAUUCAUCUUUACUUUUCCCCCUCGCCCGUUAACGCCCGCAGAAUGAUUCCUGCGGUGGCCUAAUCUAAAUUGGCUGCUGUUUACGGAUUCUAUUUCUGUUACUUCUAUAUUCUCAAUAUAUCUUAUUGGCUUACCUGUUUUAUGAUUGCAU